CUCUUUUUUUUUGUACUCCUAUUACUGCUCAUCAUGACACGCGUUGCUCCUCAGCCUGCUCUUGACUUUAGUAUCACUGAUGACCAAGUCGCUAACAUCAUUGCCUCCGUGAUUGAGGAAGAGCUUGCAACUAACAACGCCAUUGCUGCCUUGAAACCUGAAGAACAAACCUAUGAGACUAUUGUUGUUCCUCUGGCUCGUAUUGAGAACAAUUUGUCAGGAAAAAUCCAGCUGGCUAGCUCACUCUCUCAGAUCUCACCCGAUGCUGUUGUGCGUGAGGCAUCCGUUGAGGCCGAAAAGAAAUACGAAGAAUUUAGCAUCGAGCAGACCAUGCGUCAUGAUCUCUACGAAGUUAUCCAAGAAUUCAUUAACAAGACAGACCUUAGUACCCUCGAUCACGAGGACGCACGCAUGUUGAAGAAGAUGGAAACCAGCUUCCGCCGCAAUGGUCUCCAUCUCUCUCAAGAGAAGCGUGAUGAAUUUAAGGAGCUCCGCAAGCGUUUAAGUGAAGUCUGCAUCGAGUAUAUGAAGAAUUGGAGUCGUGAGAGCAGCAGCAUUACUUUUACAAAGGAUGAACUUGAGGGUUUGGAUGACGAUUUUAUUGGUGGUUUGGAUACAAGAGAAGAAGAUGGCGUCAAGAAAUAUGUCUUGACAAUGAAAUAUCCUGAUGUCCGCCCAUUGCUGAAACUGUGCAAGAACGAAAAUACCCGCAAGGUCCACAUGACUGCUUUUGAGUCGCGUAACCGUGAGAACGUUGCUCUUCUGGAUGAAGCUGUCAAAAUUCGUAGAGAAUGUGCAAAGAUCCUUGGUUACAAGUCUCAUGCUGCCUAUGUUCUCGAGGUCAAGAUGGCCAAGUCAGUCGAAUCAGUUCGUAACUUUGUAGACGAUUUAGCCACUCGCUUAAAAGAGGCUGGUAUCAAGGAAAUUGAGAUUCUCAAAAACCUUAAGGAGGAAGAGAAAGCUCUGCGCAAUGAGCCUUUUGAUGGCAAGAUAAACUCUUGGGACACCAGCUAUUAUGAGCGUAUCCUUCUUGAGAAAAAGUAUUCUGUUGACCAAGAACAGAUAAAGAAAUACUUUAGCUUGGAGCCAACUAUCCAGAAAAUGCUUGAAAUUUAUGCAAAGGUCUUGGGUCUGCGUUUUGUUAAAGUACCAAGUGACAAGGCUGUGGUGUGGCAUGAAGAUGUUCAGUUGUUCGAGUGCUGGGAUGAUGUGGAGGACAAGAGCUUUUCUGGUUACAUGUACCUCGACCUGUUCCCUCGUGACAGCAAAUAUCCCCACGCUGCCUGCUUCCCAUUCCAGCCUUCUUAUAUCAAGGAAGAUGGUGAACGUGUAGCCCCAAUUGCCGCAAUGGUGGCCAACUUCACUAAGCCUACUGCUGACAAACCUUCCUUGUUGAAACAUGAAGAAGUCGUAACUCUCUUCCACGAAUUGGGUCAUGUCAUGCACCAUCUUUGCAGUCGUACAAAGUACGCCCGAUUCCAUGGCACUUCCGUUGAAGGUGACUUUGUUGAAGCACCUUCUCAAAUGCUUGAGAACUGGUGCUACGACUCUAAAUCUCUAAAGUACUUGUCUUCUCAUUUUGAGACUGGAGAGCCAAUUUCGGAUGAAAUGAUUGACCUGAUUAUCAAGUCUAAGAACGUCAAUGCAGCCAUUUCAAACUUACGCCAACUCUUCUUUGGUAUCUUUGAUAUGGAACUCCACACUUCAGAUGAUGAAAAUUUGGACAGCAAUAAGCUUUACAAUGACCUCCGUGAAAAGGUUUCUUUGAUUGCAGCACCUGAAGGAAGCUGUGGUCAGGCUGCAUUUGGCCAUAUAAUGGGUGGUUAUGAUGCAGGCUAUUAUGGCUACAUGUGGUCAAAGGUGUUUUCAAGUGACAUGUUCUAUAGCAAGUUUGAGGAGAACACCCUGUCCCCUGAAGUAGGCUAUUCUUACCGUAAGUGUAUUCUUGAAAAAGGUAGCAGCAAGGACGGCAUGGAUCUUCUGAAAGACUUUUUGGGACGCGAGCCUUCUUCAGAUGCCUUUAUGCGAGAAAAUAUUGGUAUUAAUUAGAUACUUGAAAGCUAAAAUCAGGAUUUCCCUGGUAUUAAGUAUUUGGAGCUAAACACCAAUAAACACACAAACUCAUCCACACACGCGC